AUGUCCGCUACCACCGAAAGUCCACAAUCGGCUGAGGUAAUCGCACUCAUCACAAACUUGACCCAACAGCGUCGUACGAGGCUCGGAGGCAUCCACUCCGACUGGGGCCUGGGGUUCGAACUGGCACUGCUUUGUACGGCGUGGCCUCGUCUGCGCCGCUUAUCUCAGCGACUGCCGCUAUCGCAUCCUGCCGACGUAUCGGCCGACCGCACCGCCACUCGCGAACGGCAUUUCUCCAAAUUACCUCGCCACCGCCGGUACUGUGUA